AUGGAUGUAGCUCCAGUUAUAAAAUCUUCAUCUGGAAAUGUGCUCAUGCUUAAUGUGGGAGCUAUUGUUCUCAGAAUUAAGCAACAUCUGUGCACCCACAACAUAAUACAUGAUAUUCCUGAUCACAUUCUUAACAACUUCCCUCUAUUACCAGAGGAAGCUGCUAUUGAACUACAAGCUGGAAACACCAUUGGCUCUAAAGGAUAUACAGGAUACUAUGGAGAAAGGGGCAUCACAGGAGGAGCAGAUCUAGCUUUACAGUGGGCCAAAGAGAUGCAGCAAACUAACAUAGCCAUAUCAGCUGAAUCAAUGAACAUCUUAGAUAGAUUCAAGUUCCUCUACAAUGAAGCUGCUCAAGGAAGAUUUCACCUAUCUUACUAUGAAAGAAGCAACACCAAAGAAGACAAGAAUGGAAAGAUGGAUAUCAAUCCCAUAUCUUUUGUUUUACUGAACCUUAGGAUUAUUAACCGUUCUCAAAACAUGGAAACUUUCGAUUUAGCUAUUUUAUGUAAGAACAAAAUUAGCAGGCUCAGUGGUGCCUCCAUUGCCAACAAAACUCUGUUAUGGAAAUCUCAUUCCACAUUAGCAAUGGUACAGAUUUUAUAUGGAGGUUAUCAUAUCAUAUCGAGUGUUGCUCUUAAUGAUGGUAUCAAUGAAAUCGUAUUCUGUGUUUAUCGUGAUCUUAUUUCUCUUUCAUUACUCGCACCUGUUGCUUGCUUUCGUGAUAAAAGGAUUCGUCUUCCUAUCAAUUUCAGUCUCCUCGUAUCUUUCUUCUUCCUUGGAUUAACUGGGGUAUUUGGGAACCAGCUGUUGUUCUUAAUGGGGCUUGGAUAUACAAAUCCAACAUAUGUUGUUGUUGUUCAGCCUGCAAUCCCUGUGUUUACUUUUGUUUUAGCAGCUUUCAUGGGCACCGAAAAAGUGAAUUUGAUGAAAAUUGGAGGUCAACUCAAGGUUGGGGGCACAAUAGUAUGUGUUUCUGGAGAUAUACUAAUGGUUUUGUUCAAGAGAUCAUCUAUAUUUGGAGAGGAUGUCACUGAAUUGUUGCACGGAGCAGCGGCGACGAAUGAUUUAAUUGUCGGGGCACAACCAGAACCUGCUGGAGGGUUGAUUUCGGGUUUGUUGGGUAUUGGUCUUACCAAGUUUCACAUUGGGAUGCUCUGCUUGAUUGGGAACUGCUUUUGUAUGGAUGUUUAUCUAUCCUUCCAGGCUCCGCUGCUACUGAAGUAUCCGGCCAGUCUUUCAGUGACUGCAUACUCAUACUUUUUUGGUGCAAUGUUUAUGGUUAUUGCUGGAAUAUCUGCCACCGAUGGAAAUACUGUCUGGUUUACCCCUGGUUAUGACCUUAAGAAGCAUGAUUAA